AUGCCAGAGCUCAAGCCGUACAAGGGUGCCUACUACCUUUGGGACUAUGUCCCCUCACUGCCAGCUGCCAUCGUGGCCAUUGUCCUGUUUGGUCUUCUCACAUCGGGCGUCGUAUGGCGCAGCAUAUCGACACGGACUCGAUUCGCCAUUCCCUUUGCCAUUGGAGGACUAUUCGAGCUCAUAGGGUACAUUGCGCGCGCCGCCGCCCGCGACAGGACGGAUAACCUCAUUCUCUUUAUCCUGCAGAGCGUCUUCGUCCUCGUCGCGCCCGCGCUAUUUGCCGCGUCCAUCUACAUGGUGCUUAGCCGGCUGGCGCGCAGCAUUCACGGAGAGCGGCAUCUCGUCAUCCCCCCGCGAUGGCUCACGCGCGUCUUUGUCUUUGGUGACGUCUUUUCUUUUCUCGUGCAGUCGGCUGGUGGUGGCCUCAUCGCGUCGGACACCUUCCCCAAGAAGACGGCGCAAAAUAUUAUCCUCGCGGGCUUGUUGAUCCAGAUUGUGCUGUUUGGGCUUUUUGCCGUGACAGCCGUCAUCUUUCACGUACGGAUGCGUCGCUGGCCGUCUGCCGCGAGCGCCGCUAGCGGGGGUGGUGCUGUUCCCUGGGAGCGUAUCCUGUUCAUGAUGUACACGGCCAGCAUGCUCAUCAUGGUACGGUCCAUCUUCCGCGUGGUCGAGUACAUCAUGGGCAAGGAGGGCUACCUGCUGACGCACGAAUGGACCUUGUACGUGUUUGACGCCCUGCUUAUGGUGCUCACCAUGGCCGUCUUUGUUUGGUGGUACCCGGGGCGGUUGACGGCAUCGCCGCACGAGUGGGAGAAUGUCGAGGGCGGCGUCAACGAAUCAAGCCUGCGGCUGGGCGCGGGGGGUGAGUACUCGUCUCGCGCGUCGUCAAAGGGGCUGCAAAAGUAA